UUCUUCUCAACAACAAUAUUAUUAUUUUGGAAUUGCCGUUGUUGUUAUUGUUAAAUAUAAUUGUCGUUGUCGUUCUCGUUCCCGUUCCCGUUCCCGUUGUUGUUGUUGUUGAAAAUGUCGCUAAAGCGUUAUAAAAAUCCAGUUAACAAUCACUUCAUUUACAACGAUGAAAUCCGCAAAAGCACAUGCAAAGUGUGCUUAUUCGAUAUGGCCGGCAGGCACUCGGAGAACCUGAUGCGCCAUCUCAAGCGCAAACACCCGGCCACGUACGCCGAGGUGAUGCUAGAGAAGCAGCGCCGUCGAUCGGCCAAUUCGAAUCGAUCCGGUUCAGACUCUGGCCCGUUGUCGUCCAUGUUCAAAUUCGAAACGCAGCCGCAUAAGUUAUUUAUCAAAUCGGAAAAAUUGGCAUUCAGACUUGACGAACCUGGCCAACAGCAGAUGCCCAUCGGGGCUGGAUGCCCCAAUGAUUAUGAGGAGGACACGUCCAGUCUGAAUGGCAAUGGGCAAUUCGAGAGCGUUGACAUUGGCAAGGAGGAGCUGUGCGAGGUGGUCCACUCGCCGGAGGCAUUAAACGAUUCCAGCGAAUCGUACAUAUAUCCGGACAAUCCCAACGAUGAGGAUCCCUUCAUAAUGACCAAUUUCGCCCAGGCGAACACAAUGGGCAGCCCGAGCACCAAUUCAACGCCCGCCGCCCAAACGUCCAACAAUUCCGGCAAUGCCACGGACACGGCUACGGCUGCGGCCAGUUCACGGCAGUCGUCGAAUGAUGCCAGCUUCCUGCAAUACCUGAGCGACAAGUUUGGCAAAUACAGCUCGAACACCAAAUACACGGUACAAUACCAUAUCAAUUGCAUAUUGUACAAGGCCGAUAUGGGCUGUUAUGAUAAUGCCGAUGCCUCCAAAUUGCCCGAUUCGUAUGCAUAAGCACUCCACAUGUACAUAUACAUACAUAUACACAUAUAUAUAUCUAACUAUGUAAAGCAUGCCAAUUAUAUACAUAAUACAUAAAGACAUUUGUAGCUUAAAUCGGAAUAAGUAAUUCCAUAUUGUCAUAUUGUCAACUUGAUUGAACAAAUCAAACAAAGCUAAACUACAUAUAUAAAACCAAUAAAUCAUCUUUAAAGUUCAUAUAAA